AACAACUUUUUCCUUAGCGAAAAUGUUGUCCGAGGCUUCGUUGAGGAGAUAUUAACGGAAAACACUGACUAAUUAGAGCGCGAGGAUGUCGUUGGGGCGGAGGCUACGCGCUAGGCGGCCGCGCUCAUACGCUACCGCGGCCGCUCCACCGGGAUACUCGCGCUCUGAUUGGUCGAGGUUUUCCGUUAAGGGGUCUCCCUAGUUUGACGGGUUCGAAAAAUCGAUUUCUUUUUUUAUUGCAUUUCUUAAGAGUUCAAUAUCUUAAGAACAUAUUCCUAAAGUAUUAUAGCUGAAUUCGGAAAUUUGGCAACGCUGUGAGCUAUUAAAAGAGGAUUUUCUUCCCUAAUCGGCGUUGCAACGCUUAUUAGAAAAUAUAGUAAUAAAAUUAUAGAUUUAGUCGUAAAAAACACUUAUUGUAAGAUGUGUGAAACGUGGAAGAAGAAAAUUGACGACGAGGACGAGUAUGAAAAAUGGAAAACGAAGCAUCAAGACCAAUGUACCGUGAAUGAUGAAGGAUCUGCCGGGAAGAUGGAGGUAGAUGGGAUAAAAGAAAUGUUUGGUCGAUCGAUGGAACGUUAUGGAGCCCUGUAUACCCGUUACAUCGGCAACGGUGACAGCAAAACAUUUAAAGAUACAGCGCCCCAACACGAUUAUCGUCCAAUCGGAGCCGACAGCUGGUGUUCGUGGCGCCGCGUCGAAGCAGAAGGAACGCUGAAAAAUUAUACUCACGAUCCACCACUUACUGAUCUUGUACAGCAGGUUAUAAAACCUAUUUAUACAGAUUUAUCACGAAAUGAGUUAUUAGAGCGAUGUUUAGGCAGAAAUACACAGAACAAUAAUGAAAGUUUUAACGGUUUGCUUUGGCACUUCGCCCCAAAGCAUGUCUAUUCAGGAGCAAAAACGGUGAAAAUAGCAGCUUAUCUAGCAAGCGGAAUAUUUAAUGAUGGUUACCAGUCAAUUUUGAAAACCAUUAAUACAAUGGGAAUAAUAAUUGGCUCAGAAAUCAAAGGUUUGCUGAUGCUCAAGACGAUAAGAGAAUCUUACUUGGAGAGAAAAGGCAUCGCGAAGCGUCAAAAGAAGCUCGAACUGCUCGGACGACUACAAACAUGGCUUUAAACAAAUUCUACGAGGAAGAGGAAGGUGUGCUGUACGCGCCUGGCAUUGGAGACACAAAGUGUUUGAAUGGUAUUUAAUAAACGCUUAAAACUUGGAAUCGUAAGAUGAAGUACUUUGAAAAAAAUCCCGAAACUUGCUUCAUUUUCCAAGCGACAAACUCGGGAGAGCCCUUAAUAUCUCCUUAACGAAGCUUCGGACAACAUUUUCGCUAAGGAAAAAGUUGUUUCAAAUCACCCCCCCUCCCCCGAACCACCUCUUUCAAGGACCUCCAACAUUUUUGGGACACCUUGUAUAGGGUGCCACAGUUUUUCUUUUUUCUUUCUAACUGUGGGACAUUUACACUUAC